AUGGGGCAGCAGUUCAGCUGGGGAGAGGUGGAGGCCGGAGAGAUGGAUGUGGCCGAGCUCCAGGAGCGGUACCAGAGGUUCGUGGUGGAGUGUUCCAGGGUCACGCUCUUCACGCACGAGUUCAAGCACCUCUUCAAGGUCACUGGCAAUGAGGGUGCCAGCCAGUAUGUGGAGGGCAUGUUCCGGGCCUUUGACAAGAAUGGGGACAAUACCAUCGCCUUCCUGGAGCAGGUGGCGGCCCUGAACCUUGUGCUGUGGGGCUCUCUGGAGCACAAGCUCCGGUGGACCUUCAAGGUCUACGACAAGGACCGCAAUGGCUGCAUCGACCACCUGGAGCUGCGGGACAUCGUGGAGUCCAUUUACAAGCUAAAGAAAGCCUGCUGAGCAGGCAGCCAAGGGCUGCUCACGCCCGAGGAGGUGGUGGACAGGAUUUUCCCCCUGGUGGACCAGAAUGGGGACGGCCAGCUGUCCCUGGACAAGUUCAUCGAAGGCACCCGUCGCGACCAGUGGGUGAUGAAGAUGUUGCAAAUAGACGUGAACCCCGGCGGCUGGAUCAGCCAGCAGAGGCAGAAAACUGCCGUGUUCUGA